AUGGAUUAGACAUUGUAUCAGAACAUUUAGAAAAAAUUAGAAAACAAAAUAGAUUACAGUAACAGGAAUGAUGAUCUUAAGAAUUUGUUACUUGAGUGCAAUAAGAUCUAGAAUAAUAUACUAGGUUAUAAAAUAAUGACUCUGGUAUUUUCAGCAAUUCAAAAAUCUGGACAAAGAGUUCUUCUGAUGGAUUAGGAUCAAAUAUAAAUAAUAAAGAGCUGUAAAUCUUUGGCUAUCUUGGGAUAUCUUCAUGAUCAAGAAUAAAUUAAAAUGAUCAAUAAAGACAAAGAAUUCAGAGAAAAUAUAAGAGUCCAAAUACAAGAUCUUCAACAAUAGGGUAAUUUAGAGAAAGCUUUCUUACUGGAUGAAGUAAUGAAAUACAAAAGUAGAGAAAAUAUAGAGGAAUAUACAGAAAUAAGCAAAACCAUUAAAACUAUGGUAAACUUAUUGAUAGAUUUUGGAAAUGAUUCAUUUAAUUUUACCUAAAUCUUUGAUGUGAUCCUCAAUGCAUUGCUGCUUACAGGAAAUAAUAGUACGAUUGGAAGAGAUUACCAAUUGUUGUCUAUUUUAGAUAAAUUACAGAAGCUUCUCGAUGAUACCAGGUCACCCUAUUUAUGGACUAUCGUAAUGGAAUCAAUAUUAAAUGCUUCGACCUAUAUGGAAAAACCGACAGAUUUAGUGCAGCCUAAUAUGAUAACAAGAAUAAUCUUAUUCAAAAUUCCAUAUAUUGAGGAUAUCUUUAAGUAUUUUGGUAAGUAUUUAGGAAGAUGCUAUAAGUUUGAAUAUAAGAUGUUCGAAUCUAUGUUAAAUUUCGGAAUUACCCAAUAAACACUUGACUUGAUAUUGUAAUUUAGCAAAUAAUUUGUUAAAGACUAUUAAAUGGAAAUUUUAGUAGAGAUGAGAAAAAAUCUUAUUCCUAGUCUAAUAAAGUAUAUGAAAAUAAUCAAUUGUUUUGAACAGAUCUAAAAUUUAUUUACUUAUUUCUUAAUUUCAUCCCUUUAAUAGGUAGGAGAUCCUUAACUAGACUAAUAACAUUUUUCUGAAAUUAUCACCAAUUACUAUAAUUAUUUUGAUUUGUAUAACGAUAAAUAAUUGCAGAGAAUUGCUAAUUUUCUUGCUUUGUUACCACAUAAUUAAAAGAAAAGGGAAUUUAAAAAUUAUGACCUUUUAGAGUCAAAAUUAAAAAAAAAAUAUAUAUCAAUGCCAUCAUCAAUAUCAAAUUAACUAUAGUAAAGCGAACAAAUUCAAGGUUGGUUCCAAGAGGAUAAUCCACAAAUCGAGGAUAAACAGCCGAAAUUAAUAGGCUUGAGAAAUUUAUUAAAUACAUGCUACUUGAACAGUUUUAUCUAAGCACUCUUUUGGACUUUGGAUUUCAGAAAUCUUAUAUUAAAUGAAUUUAAAAGAGAAGAAAUUGUAUUUUUAAAACCAUAUAGUUUAAAAACAAAUUUUCUUAGAUGUUUCUUGUUCUUGGAUUCAAUGAGUGAUGAAAUUGAUUACACACCAUUAUUAUUAAAAAGAUCCUUGAGAGAACCUUAUAAAACAGAUGAUAGACAGUAAGAUGCAGCUGAAUUUGGUGUUCAUUUAUUUGAAGAUAUGGAAAAAAAUUUUGAUUAAGAAGAAUACAAAAAAAUAAAAGAGAUAUUUUAUGGUAUGUCCAAAUCAACCUUCUAGUGUAAAAAUUGUGAUAAGCCAACCAAAGGACCAGAUGAAGAAUUUAUGUACAUUACGUUGAACUUUGAAAACAAUAGAAAAGAAAAAGAUGAAAUAGAAAAAAUGAUUCUAAGACAUUAAAUGAAGGAAUAAAUUACAUUUAAUUGUGAGCAAUGUAGAAAGACAAGUCAAAGUACUCGUACUUUGGAAUUUUCAAAAUUACCUAAAAACAUAAUUAUUUAAAUUAAUAGAUUUGAAUUCCAAAAUGGAGAGAGAUCUAAAAUUAAUGAUCAAAUCAAUUUAAAACCAAAAAUAUAAAUAAAAGAGAACCAAAAAUAAUUAACCUAUGAAUUGUAUUCAAUUAUUAUACAUUUUGGAUAAAUACCAGAUGCCGGUCAUUACACUGUAUAUUGCAAAGUGAAAGAGGAAUGGUAUCGAUAUGAUGAUAGCAUUGUAACUAAGAUUGAUGGGAGAUUUUGACAGAGUUUAAAGAAAUUUCAAAAAAGAAGAAACCCCAUAUCUAUUAUUCUUUAGAAGAAUAAACGGAUGAAAUGACAUAAAAUAUUUUUUUCAUUUUAUUGUUAUCUACAA